AUGGCGUGCGCAAAAUGCAAAGCGCAAAAAAAGCGCUGUACCCACCAGGACCAACCUGCAGUUGCAUCCACCCCAGCUGCCCUGCCUGCCCUGCCUGCCACCCCACUUCGCACUCCUUUGAGCCGCAAGGCAAAGACCAGCCACGAACACGCGCACGGCAAGGAGCCGACCCCUCCUCCCACCGACAACGAGGCCGCCCCUUCCGACGCUGAGAAGAAGGGAGCCGCUGCGGCCACCCGUCGCCCUCGUGUGAGCGAGCUGAACCCCCCGCCUUUCCCCCCGGAGGACACCAUGGAGGCGGCGUGUGCGCUCUCCAUUCGCACCACCUUCAUCAAGGAGGUGCAGCGGACUCUCGACGCUUUUGAGGAGAAGUUGGCCGCGACGAACGAAGCCUGCGUGGCGAUGAGGGCCUCUGCUGACGUCGUUCAGCAGACCGUGGACACUUGGGUGGCCACUUGGACAGCUAGAGGCCAGUAG